GGAAGUUGGCAGCUGGGGCCACCGGAAGUUAGUGCAGUCCGUCCUUUGCCCGCAGAAUCAGAGGGAGCUAACGAUUAGAAAGUAUUCCCUUUGGUGAUCAGAUUGUGAAAUAUCUUCAGCUGAAAUGAGUGCUGCUGUACCCAACCAUCGAAGGACCAAGCCUGGUGGUAUAAAGACCGGGGUUGUGACCAGCGGCGUGACAGGACCGACCUCCCAGAUUCCCGGUCUGUCCCAGACCGCGGAUGAAUCCACACCAGUGGAGAGGAUCAGCGGGCGGCGAGUUGGGAUCUUUGAGUCGGACUCGGACUACGUCAAGCUCGCAAAAGGAGGAGGGCACAAAGGGCUGCUGAGUCAUGAUUCAGAUUCUGAUGACAAACCCAAGAAGCCGUACAAUCCGCCCAACUGGUUUGGAAGUGACGACUCAAAAAGCGGAAGCAAAACACCGUCUCCCGACGGCGUGAUGAAGGCGGGCUUGCAGCCUCUGGCUGCGCCGUUUGGCACUGAUAACUGUUCGUCCUGGGAAAGAGACGAUAGAUUUUCCCCCGAUAAAGACAAGAUGUCUCCUGACGGCAUUGCCAAUGAGAUCGAAGGUCUGGUGGUGACCAGCAAAUACAAGAGAACGUCUUAUGAGAAGAAGGCUCCUCCGGUCAGCAUGUCCAAGCUGCUGAGUCAUGGCUACGUCGAGGAGAAGAAGAAGUCUCCCAAUGACGAUGAUGCCUCAAGUGUGACCUCAGAACAGACCAGCACCAUCGCGACGGAGGACGUGGACGACCUGGAGUAGAGCAAACAGGUUCUGAUCAUGAGGGAAAGGGUGUCGUCCUCACACUGGUUCAUGGUUUCCACAAAAUCCGCGAACACGCCACUUCACCCCUUUCGGAUUCACAUUUAUUGUACAUCCACUGACUGUUAGGUUUUGUACUCAUGUUUAUGCAAAGGUUCUGUCCUCUAUUUAUUUGCUCUGAUUUUUAAAAAAAAAAAAGAAGUCACACGGAUUUUGUUGAGUAGACGUGUUGGUGCUCGCGGUAGCUUUUAUUUCUUUAUCGUCGUAUCUCGAUUUGAAAGACGAGUUGUGCGCAGGGCAGGAAACUAACCAAAUUUGGGUUUAAAUCCAAUGUGGAGACCUGUUUGUCUUAGUUUCCCUCCCUGGUUGUAUGAAGAUCGAGUUAGUGAAUUUUGAAGUGUUUGUGCUAAUGAAAUGUGGUUCCAGUGAUGUGAAAUAUUAUUUGUUUCGAUCAAGGGCUCCUGCUCUCUGAAGGGAAUUUGGAGGUUUGUGUGUUUUCGGCUGCGGGGGUGGAAACGAUCAUGCGUUGAGACAGCCACCCUGCAGCUGUGACCACACGCCAAAGUGCAUACUGAUGGCCACUGCCGCCAUAGAGGGCCAAAAACGAUUCUUUUUUAGGUUGCUGCUCUGCAAAAGGUUGCCCUCCUCUAUUAUUACCAGCAUAACUCUGUUGUUUUUCAGUCAAAAUAGAGAAAAAUGCCUCGUUUUACUGCGCAAGCUGCAUUUUAGCCUAAUAAUCAAAGAAAAAGCUGACUCAAAAGCCUAAUAUUAAAGACUAAAUUAAUUUAAGUGAUGUUUACAAGUCUCCUUAAGAUCUUGAAUAGUAUCAGGUGCUGCAAGAUCAAUUUUGUUGUCCGUGUUUAUUAUUAGGAAGCUCACCAGUAAAUCGGAGCCAAAUGUUUGAUGCCAGUCCAACUGUGUCAGAAGCUUGCCAGUGAUAAAGCUGAAUUCGCUCUUUUCUGCAUGUUAAAGCCCGGCAUUGCAUUUUCACUCGGCUUAAUAAACCCAAUAACUCAAGCAACAACAGAUAAAGCAUUCUGGGAAAUUUAGGGGGGGGUCGGCCACCUUCAGCAGGCUGCCAAGCUGAAAGUCCAGUGUAAUUCCCUGUGAAGAUUAACGCAGACGAGUUUUUAAAAGUGAGUUCUGAACGUGCCAACCAAGCAGUUUUUCCCUGCUCAUGCAGUGUUUUGACUUCGUAGACACCAGUAGGAGAACGUAGUGUUAGUGCACUGCCUGAUCACCCCGAACCCGCCAUCUCAUGACGUGUUUAUCCCGCUGAUGGGAGUUUAUUCUGUUCAGAGCAAAGACGUGAUUACUGCAGCAGCAUCUCUGCAUGUGAAAACUUUGCUUUUUUUCGUAAAACAUACGAACGAAUAGUGGGCUGUCAUACAUCCGUCAUAAUCUUUCUUCGUAAAACAGCCAGCGGAAACAACUGAAAGCGCUGUAGUCUGCGUGCCGGGACUGAAGUUGCUGGUGUAACUUUGUAAGACACUACGCACAUGAGCGAAACGUGGCCGUGAUUUCACCGUUCUCACGGGAUCUGUUUACAUGGCGACAGAAAGUGUUGCAUUUUCCCCAAAAAAUUACAAUCUGGAUCCCUGUUUCAGUAGUUUUUAGGCCCCCAAACACCGUUGUCGUGUGAACUAAAGGCCAAACUGCAACAAAAUUUCAUGUUUCAUGUAAGAACCGUUGCUGUGUGAACGGCUGUCUUUUGAAAGGUCAUUUUAUUUGUGGAAAAUCCUCAGCAGCUAUUGAGGUGAAAUUAAGAACCGCAUGAUAAGAAACAAAAAGAAAUCCAAAAUCAGGAAUUUUGUUGCAGCAAUGCCAAGUGAUUUACAAUAAAAUUAAAACCAGCUUUAAUGCGUUAUAACACAAAAGUAAAAUAAAAACUGGUGUAAGAUGCCACCACGUGUUUGAAUCAAAUGCAAGUAAUCGUCCAGAACCGCUGGGUUGAGAUUAUGCGUCAUCAUUUACUGUUGCAUACAUUUACCCCGUGUCUCGGCCACAAAUGUCAUGUCAGCGUCGGAUUUGCGUGUCGAUGUUCGUGCGACUCCGAAGUGACCGUCUAUAAUGUUCAGCAGCAAAGAAGCAGCCAAGCUUAAUGUCCAGUGUGCCGUUUUUUACCCACUUCAUGUGCGUACAUCCAAGGCCUGUCCUCAUUAUUUUGACGUUUAUGUGACGAGAAUCUCACACGAGCGUUUCCUCCCCAUAAUCCUGUUGGUGAAGUUUGAGAGGACGAAGAAAUCUUGAUUUGUAUACCGUUCACAAAAUGCUUUUCACACUAAGAUAAUGAUUACAUAAUACAUGCCAUCAGAAGCAAUAAAGAUCAAAGAGCAAGAAAAACAGUAAUGAAAAAAUGAAGAAUUAAAAUGAUAAAACUAAACCCUAAAUGAGUAGUUUUGUUACCCAAACGUAACCAAAUUUGUCUGAAGCGUUACAGCGGCCGUGAUAACAUUUCAAACUGGUGAGAUUCUCCAUUAAUCCUGAAGCUUCUUCAUCUCUCCGUCUUUCCUUCUUGAAAACAAUUACACAAAGUCUUAAAAAGCAUUUAAUUUGGAUCUAUAAACAACAAAAAAAACAUGUAAUUAUUAUUUAAAAAAUUUGGUAUGCGGUCAAAUGUUUCGGGAGAUGUGAUAGGCCUGGAAGUUAAACUUGAAUUAAUUUGAGAGGAUAUUUUUUUCUUUUUUAUUUUUAGCACACAUGUCUACUUUGUGCCAUUUAUGCAGUUUGCAUUAGUGUAAUUGAUUACUUUAAAUUAGGAAUUAUUGCACCAUCGUUCUUACUGGUUUCGAGCAUAUUUUGACGCUCCAGUAUGAUCAUGAAACCGGUAUUAAAUUUCAAUUUAUGAGGUAUUAAUUAUAUCUUAAAAUGUCAUAAAUUUCAGUCGUUGAAAUCUUUAAGCAGAAAGGUGUCUUUUUAAGCUCUUUCACACCGUUUUUGUUUUAUUUUUCGCUCUUCGCUCUGUGUCAGGUUUAGUUUAGAGCUCGGCUGCAGCAGACGGUGGCGACUCCUCCACCUCUUCGUCUUAUAUUUGUUUGCAGAAUUAGUUUUGACUGUCAGGACGUCUCAAAAACAGCUAAUGGAUUUCUGUGACAUUUGAUGGACAGUUCAGCCUUGAGUCAUUUAACAGUUUUAAUAUUUUCGCCGUAACUGUGAACCUGCUGGUGACAGUGAAAGCCUAAUCCUACAGGGACAUUAGUCGGGGCGGAGAAAAUGCUCUUAAAAAUGAAAAAGACAGGAGUGAUUUAGGGUGUAACGGCGAGAUUAAAGCUGCGAGUUUGUCCCAGUAAAUCCAACACAUUCGUCACCUGCGUCUCGGAAAUGAUGCGGCAGUAACAGACUCUGAAAAGAAUUUGCUCUUACGAGAGAUGUGUCAUGUUCAACACAGCUGUAGGUAUGUCGCUUUUUUCCAACACUAUAUAUUUAAGCAUUAUUUAUCUGGUACGUGGUAUUUAAAAAGUGUUGUUCCAAAACUAGGCGCACUUUAUUUUAUUUUGCAAUAGAUAAAUGGCGAAUGUAUU